UAUUCACAGUUACGCAAGCGUGCAACACGUUUUAAUAAUUUCCUAUCAAAGUAUUAUUUAUUCAAUCUAGCUGGUUCGGAAUUUAUCACAGCCGUCUCACAGCAGUGCUGAAACAGAACUUUCUGUUACAAUGAGGGAGUUUAAGGUGGUGGUGCUUGGCUCAGGAGGAGUUGGGAAAAGUGCUCUCACUGUUCAGUUUGUCACCGGAACAUUUGCUGAAAAAUAUGAUCCAACUAUUGAAGAUUUUUACAGGAAGGAAAUUGAAGUUGACGGCGCACCAUCAAUAUUAGAAAUAUUGGACACGGCUGGGACAGAACAAUUCGCUUCCAUGAGGGACCUUUAUAUUAAAAAUGGUCAAGGUUUUAUUUUGGUGUACUCACUCGUCAAUGCUCAAUCAUUCCACGAUAUUAAACCAAUGAGAGAACAAAUCUGCAGAGUGAAAGGCACAGACAGAGUUCCAAUUAUAUUAGUAGGAAAUAAGGUUGAUCUGGAGUCUGAACGAGAAGUACGAACACCGGAAGGUGCAUCUUUAGCAAAUAACUGGGGUUGUCCAUUUCUGGAAACAUCAGCCAAAAGCAAACGCAACGUCGACGAAUUAUUCACAGAGAUUGUCAGAGAGAUGAACUACAUGGCUCAACCUCAGAACAACGGAGGAUGUUGUAGGAUAUUGUAGCCAAUUUUCCUAUCAGAAACCUACUCUUGAGAUUCAGAAUUGCAGUGAUGGUUAAUAAGGAAGAGUUGGAAUAUUGAUCUUAUGUUUUCAAACUGGACUUGGGUGAACAAAAUACUACUAUUUAUGGUGAUCUCGUUCUAAGAUGUAUAUUUUAUUGCUUCACAAACUAAAAUACCUGUUUGAUCUUGGUAACCCAGUGGGUCAGUGUUAUGUAUGAAGCAAUGCAACUGCAUGGAUAUGCAGAAGAUUUCCUUCCAACUUUGUGCAUUCCUGACAAAAUAAUGCAUCGAGUCGAACUUCAUUGUUAACUAUAAUAAAGUAAUUGAAUUUUCAAUGCACUUAUCACACUCAUCAAGGAUUUUCUGUGUUUCUGCUGUUCGAGAACUAAAAGUGGAUGGUCUAUGACAAAAAAUGCAGUUAACAUGGAUUUUCUUAAAUUAUUUGAUCCUAAGGUUUGCAUGUAUGUAUGUACUACAUGCUUUGAGAGAAGCUUUGUCCAUCAUUUUUUUUUUCUUCAUUUUUUGUGACUUUAAACUAAAUCUAAUUUUAUCUUAUAAACUUAUCAAGUAUUUCAGCUCGCAGAUCUGAACCAUGUAAAUUUGAAUAUUAUGGGGAUGUGUUGAUUAUGGUUUAUGUCAAGAUAAAUAAAUCAUGAUUUUGUUAGAACAAAGAAAAGUGCUUCUUUUAUUUGCAUUUUUUUAUUGAUGCUGUAAAUGGUACCAUAUGCUUACUUACUUUUUGUAUUAAAUAUAUUUCUCUAUUUCUUAUUUUUGGGUGGCUGGAGUCUGCAUAGAUUUUGUGCUGACAUAAUGGUAAAUAUUCAUUGUGGUAUGCCACCUUUCUGAUGAGUAAAACUUAGAAAUUUUUAUUGUCAAGGUUGUUUGGGGAAAACAGUCAAAAAGUGAUAGCCUAUUUCUGCUUCUGUUCACAAAAUGAGUGUUCCCAUAUAUAUUGCCAACCCUAUUGUGUAAACUAAACAUUUCAUUCAUUUUAUGCGUUAGGGGAUGUGAUUCAAAAAAAUUUUGUAAUAGUUCGGAAUGAUGAUCAUAUGGGGAAAUCUGCUAGAGUUAUAAUUUAGUCCUCUAGAAAUUGGUGUAAACUGUAAACUAUGGCAUGGAACUAAAAUUCAUUAAUUCCAUGGUUAUUUAUGAUCGUGUUAUUUUAAAAAGUUUAUUUGUAUUUAUUCAAAAAAAUUUGUAAGUAACAUUUUCAUCAUUUCCAAUGAUGUCAUGAAUGAUUUUCUCAAAUUUUCGUAGUAUCAAUUUUGCCAGACUCCGGUAAUCCUAUAUUGCCAGAUUUUGUUGAAAAUUUUGUUUGUGUGUAAGAAUAUUUAAGAACAUAUGUCUGGUUUCAUUAAUCAGUUUAAAAUAUCAAAUCAAAAAUUGCCACCAAUAAUUCGACACUUUUGUUUUCAAACGACUUUUCAAAUUAGUUCAUUACCAAUUGUAUUUUUGUUUAAUCCAAGUUUGAACCGAUAUAAAUUUUUAUUGUCCCAUCAAGAUCUAUCCAAUCUGCAACAAAUAAUAAUUUGAGCACACUUUGAUCAUCUGCAGAAUGUUAUUCGUCAACGUCGAACACUCCAGCACUUUGGUAAAACUGGUUACUUCAACAUCUGAAAAUAAUCUUGCUGGUGACUUUCAAUUAUUAACAUGGGGUAUGGGUCAUGAUUUGUAUUGGAUGGGAACACAAGCUUUGUUUCAGUAUUUGAAUUUUUUGAAUAAUUUAUUUGCAUAUAAGGAUUUUCACUAUUUCAACUAUUCUAUUGGCUUUUGGUUUACAUCAUUGGCAAUUUGAAUGUCAUUACAACCAACACUCCCGCGCAGUUCCGUAGCCAGGAGGGUUCGACAUUGUUUUCGACAGCGCGGCUGUUGACAUCUUUAUAUUAGCCCCCUCCCAAUUCUCCUUUGCGAGUAUCUGUCGACACCUAUUGGUCUUGUGUCACAAAGACAUCGAUAAUCACACACGGAAUUGUGCGUACAGUGAGGAAAGCUUGAAAACUGUUUUAACACUAUUUUGGAUUGGAUAUCGUAAAUCGCACAUAUUUUGCUUAGUUACAAACCCAGAAAAUACCAUGUGCCUUUAUCCAUUUUUUAAACAACAGUAUUUCAUAUCAGCUCUAUGAAUUUAUUCCGGAUCAUGAUGAAAAGUUUGUAUUUUAGGGACCGCACGACGCACUUUAAAUCUCUUUUUUUUCUCAUAAAUCGACCUUUCGCCUUAUAAGUCGAUGCGCCUAAUGUAUGGAUCAGGUACUGCUUUAUUGCCUACACUAAAAACCAGUACCGAGACCAUUGUUUUUUAACAAACCACAGUUUUACCUUUUUCUUUGAAUAAGAUACAAUAACUGUUAAAAAUGUCGAGUUUUUUUUGUUUAAUGAGCUUUGUACGGUAUCCCGACGACACUCCAUAAAUGCAGUUGCGUCUUAUUGUCCGACGCGCCUUAUCUAUGGUAUGACCCUCAAUCGAAACAACUUAUUGUCGGUGCGCGCCUUAUGGUCCGUAAUAUACCACAUUGUAAUGUAUGUUCCCUCAAUUUACCAUUCUACUUGAAUUAGUUGUAUUCCUUGGGAUUGUAGCUGGGGUAGAGGCGUUUUAGCAGUGUUCGUUUACGUUGAAAGCAAUUAUUAUGAUAUGACAUUUUAGGGAAAUUUCCGACCGUGGAUUGUGUAUUUUGCGUAUCAAAAAAAUCAAUUUCAGCUGUAAAAGUCGGCUCUUUUAUCGAUCGUUAUAAUAGGUACCAUUGUUUUAAAAGCCUCUGCGAGAGAAUUUUCGGGAGUUUUGGACUGCUCCGUUUGGUUGGUUGCGCCCUUGUUUGUUUUUGUCUAGCAGUUUUGAAAUUCUAUCUAACUCGUGCUUAAUACUCAUGAGCUCUUCACACCUGUGGAAGUUUUACUUGUACAUCAUGUGCACUGAGUGACGCUUUUCCUCAAAAAGCUUAUCAAUAGUCUCAUUAUUGGCAUUCACCUUAUAGCAAUAGUGAAAUGCGGAACAAUGGCGAAGUUAACACCUCUGACUUGAAAUAUAUUAUUGCAAUUUUUUUGUAUGUUUCCCGUGCCAGAAUUUUAUCCUUGUUGGCGGUUGACUUUGUGUAUCUUUUUUAAUCUGUUAGUAUGAUAUUAUUAACAAUUAAUAAAUAUUAUUAGUAUACA